AUGUCAAGAGGGUGGAAAAAACGAAAAAUUUCUGAUUCAGAUUCAGAGGUAGAUAUUAGCAGUAGCGACGAGAGCGAUGAUUUCUUGGUAAGUGAAUCGGGUUCUGAAGAUGAAACUAUAAAUAAUGGUAAUGAUCUUGAAGAUGAAUCAUGUGAAGAAUCUGAAGUACCUUUAAGUACACGUCAGUCAAACUUAAGAUCAGAUUUUAAAUGGACUGAUCAAAAUGUAUUUAAUCCUGUCAUAUAUCAUUUCAAAGACGACAAUCAUGGAGUACAGCCAUCUUCAGGAUUAACCUCUAGAAAUUCUCCGGUUGAAAUUUUCAAAACAAUUUGGGACGAAAAUCUGGUAGAUAUAAUUUGCGCACAGACAAACACUUUCGCAGAGAGUAAAAAAAAUAACCUUAUGGAGCAAGGGAAAUUGAAGAAAAACUCUCGUAUAUUAAAAUUUUCUCCUGUAGAAAUUGACGAAAUGUAUGCCUUUCAUGCCCUUGUAAUUUUGAUGGGUAUAAUUAAAAAACCAGAACUUUCGAUGUACUGGACAACGGCUCCUACUCUACAGACUCCAGCUUUUAAAAAUUGCAUGACAUAUGAUAGAUUCCGAUUAAUUUUAAGUAUGUUGCAUUUUCAAUCCGAUUUCGAUGAUGAUAAUGAUGCUUUGGUCAAAAUUCGUCCUGUUUUAGAGUACUUGCUGGAAAGAUUUCAGGCUACUUACCGCCCAGGAGAAAAUAUUGCUAUAGAUGAAUCCUUAUUGCUAUGGAAAGGUCGACUGAGUUUCAAGCAAUUUAAUAGAAACAAACGAGCCAGAUUCGGAAUUAAAUUGUACCAAACGUGUGAGUCAAAAACUGGGUAUUCCUAUAAUAUAAAAGUGUAUAUUGGAAAAAGAGGAAACGAGUCUUAUAUUGAUAAACGUAUUGGAAUUUCUGGACAAGUAGUGAAAGACAUGCUCUUAGAUCUUGGUGGGCAAGGACGUACGUUGUAUAUUGACAAUUGGUACUCUUCGCCUUCUUUAUUUUACCAACUGCUCAAUGAAAAAACUAAUGUCUGUGAGACGGUGAGAUUGAAUAGGAGAUACUUACCAAAGUUCAACACGAAAUGUAUCAAAAAGGGAGAUAUGAAAGUAUUUCAUACUCCAAAACUCUGUCUAAUGGCUUGGCAUGAUAAAAAAAUUGUGUCUAUGCUAACUACAAAACAUGCUCCAGAAUUGAUAGAUACAGGGAAAAAAAAUCCAAGAACUGGAGAAUCAGUAAUGAAACCCAACAUUGUUAUGGCAUAUAACAGCUACAUGGGUGGAGUUGACUUAUUAGAUCAGAGUACUUCAGCUUAUCCUACUACCCGAAAAACCAUAAAAUGGUACCAUAAAGUCUAUUUCUAUUUGCUAAAUGUCGCAAUGUACAAUUCUUAUGUCAUUUUCAAAGCUCUUCAUUCCGACACUAAAGUGACCUUUUUAAAUUUUAAAAUUCUUAUAGUAGAAGACCUGCUAAAAGUACAUCGUAAAUCACAAAACAUUUCACGAAAACAAGUACCAGUUUUGCAAAAGAAACUGACAAAUUUUGAUAAUCAUUUUCCAAUCAGUAAAGGUAGCUACAAAAAUGCCAGACAAAAAUUUCGACCAUGCAUCGUGUGUCGGCAGAAGAAAAUUAGAAAAGAAACAGCUAUCAUUUGCAAAAAAUGCAAUGUGCCUCUGUGUGCUUUUCCUUGCUUCAAAGAGUACCAUACGUAG